CACCGGGUCACAGCAGGAGAGAGGGGACGCACACACCAGGGGUUUACAGUGAGUCCCGGUCCUUCUGCAUAUAUCAGAUGUAUUUCAAUCCUUUCUGAUGAGGAUUAGAAGGAAUUAGAAAGAUGUAAUUUGAUGUAAAGUUUGGGAGGAACAGUGCAGAGUGUGAAGAACAUCUGGAGACCGUGAGCGACACGCUGCAGUGGAGGUGAUGACUGGUGUGUUGUGCCCCCUGCAGGCUACAGGGAGACACUACACAUAAACAACUGGGUGGAAGCUGGAUAUAGUUAGUCAAAUAUUGGAUUUAAACAUCUGUCACAUCUAAGUUUUUAUAUUUAAUCAUUAUUAUUGUUGUUUUUAUUCUUCUUCAUCUUCUUCUUCUUAUUAAAGUAAAGGGAGUAGUGGAAAACAUGCAGUACCACUACCUAAGCGAUAGGGAGCAAACGUUUUCCUAAGAUUCCAACUGGAGUGCUUGUAAAUCCCACGAAGAAGAAGAACCCAGAACAACAACAUCCGGUCAGAAGUCGCUCUGUGUGAAGAAGAGAAACUUUAAAUAAUAACAACAUGUAGAAGUAAAGUGAGACUCGACCCCAUGUUGCGUGUGGAGGCGAUGGAGCUGCAGCUGUGUGCGGUGAUGGAGACUCUGCUGCGGGCGGCGGUGACGGAGCUCCGCAGGCUGAUGGAGGAGGAGGACCGGGCCGACGUGCGGACUGUGGCCGCCCAGCAGCGCUCUGCUCCGGCUGCAGUGAAGAGGGAGGAGGAGGUGGAGGAGGAGGAAGAAGAAGUGAGCCCACAGAGGCAGAAUGGAGACACAACGACCCAGUUUUCGGCGCUGGUGGAAACAUGGACCAAAGCUGCGGUGGAGAAAAUCCUGACGAUCCUGAAAGAGUCGAUGUGUGAAGCCGAGGAAGAAGAGGAGCCGAGCGACCAGAGCAACCAGUCGAGCAUGAAGCCGCCGGAGAGAUCAACAGCCAGAAGGAAGAAGAUGGAGGGAGGACGGGAACCAGCAAUGAAGAAGAAGAACAAGAGAGUGAAACACAAAGCUUCACAUGAAGAGAGAAUCUCUGGAAUUCAGUUUGAACCUGACGUCGUAUUAACAGAUCUCAGGUCAGAGCCGGUUCCUGAUUCAGCCCCUGAGCCGGCCUCCGAUGUCAGGGAGGACUUCACCGACGCUUCUACAUCCCAGAUCACACAGAAGAAGAAGACGACAGGAUCGGUCAAGUGUCCCUCAUGUGACAAGACGUUUGCUCUGAAGUGUUUGAUGGAGAGACACCGACGCAGCCACUCCAAGCCUCACCUCUGCUCUCACUGCGGCAAACGUUUCUCGGAACUCUCCGGGCUCAUCGCUCAUUCACGCCGUCACACCGGAGAGAAGCUGCACCAAUGCCCCGACUGCGGGACAGAGUUUGCUUACAAGUCCACCUUCGUGAGACACAUGCGUCAGCACAGCCUGAAGACAGUGGACACCCACGUGUGCACGCUGUGUGAGACCCACUUCACCGACACGCUGGCGUUUCAGCGGCACCGGUGUUGUGCCCUGAAUAAGACGUUUGUCUGCUCGCUCUGUCCCGAGACCUUCCAGUGCAGACAGAGUUUGUCCGAUCAUGAGAACCUUCAUUCAGGAGUCAGAGACUUCGUGUGUGAGAUGUGUGGAGAGAGUUUCCUCUCGUCCUCCUCGCUGGCGACUCACCGGGUGACUCACAUGGAGAAGGAGACCUGCCGCGACCAGCUCGGCCUCGGCUGCAGCGACCUGAGCCUCCUCACGCUGCAGCUGAGCAAACGCGCCGGGGAGAAGCUCUUCACCUGUGAGGUCUGCGGUAAAGGCCUCAGUCACCAGAGCGCCCUGAAGCACCACAUGCUGACGCACACGGGGGAGAUGCCGUACAUCUGCGAGAUGUGCGGCAAGCGCUGUAGCCACGCCAGCGCGCUUCAGAACCACAUGAGGCUCCACACCGGGAGGAAGCCGGGGCAGCUGUCGACCUGCAACGUGUGCGGGAAAGAGUUCCACCGCACGACGCGACUCAAAUACCACAUGAGCGUCCACACGGGGGAGAAGCCGUACGCCUGCGACCAGUGCGACAAAAGGUUCAGCAACCCCAGCAACCUGAAGAUACACAUGAGGAGCCACUCCGGAGAGAAGAGGUACGGCUGCAGCAUCUGCGGCAGGAGGUUCACCCACACCAACAGCCUGAAGGUGCACCGGCUGAUCCACAGCGGGGAGCGGCCGUACCGCUGCGGCGUCUGCGGGAAGGAGUUCAUCAACCGCAGCGACUCCCGGAGACACGAGAGGGUUCACCUGUCCGAGGGAGCCGGAGACGCUCUGUCUCCAAACACUGCUCAAUGAAAACCUGAAGCUUCUCACUCACCACUCAUAUGAUCGUUUGUUUACACACAUGAAACUGUGAUUAACUGUUUGUGUACAACAUCUUAAUGUGAAGAAGAAAACUGUGAGACAAAAGAAAUGUGUCAAGAUUCUAAACACUAGGUAUAUUUGUCACUUAUAUCCUCACACAUUUGAUGUCAAAAGUAUUAUAUUUGUUUUAUAUUUGAUUUAUAUUGAGCUGUAUUUUAUAUAUAUAUUUUAUAUUUUUCUAUAAUACGUUCCUUAUAUCUGAACCUGUUCCUCUCGUCUAACACACUAACACACUCCUGUCGACCGUGUGUUAACUUGCACGUCACAAACUAAACCCGAACGUUGUAUUUCAUUGUAGAUCGAUCAACGACACUGUGAGUUUCAAUGUGAAUUAUUAUAUUUACCUUAUUUUAUUCUCAUUUUCUGGUCUGGGAAGUUUCCGACUCCAAUGUGAUCUUGAGCGUCCACAUACUUAUGUCAAUAUAUUGUAUAACAUCACAGAACAUUAUUAUUUCUCUGAGCAAGCAAAAAAAAAAUCAGUUUAUUAUUUUACCGAUUAACUAAUAAAUUAACGACCGACGACAAAUCAACUAUAAAGUGAGGAGGAACAGACUUUGAGUUUCACUAUCAGCUCAGUUUGUUGAUUUUCAGUUUAUACUCAGUUGGAAUAAAGACAUUAACAUGGAACCAGUAGAAUACAGUCAAGUUCUCUUUGAUGUUGUGUUGCACUGAAACACAAAUUGUAUACAUGAAAUACAACAUAGAUACAUAAGCUUGUAUUGUGUCAGAAGUUAAUGUGUUUUCAACCAACAGUGUAAAAGAGCUGUUCUCUGUGAAACCUUCCACUAGAUGGUGAUAGAGGACAAGAUGAUGCCUCCGAGAUAAAGAUCAUCAACAGGUCCUGUUCUUUAUCUUCACUCACCAACAACAACACGUCUUUAUGAAACCUACUUGAGUCACCGCAGUUUAAAGUUAUAUCGUGUCUUUUAUUCUUCCCUCCUUCGUUCAACUUUUGCAAUCAAAAGAAAAAUAAAUGACGAGGCAACGAAACCAGAACAAGACGAAAUAGAAACGCAGUAAUUGAAGCAAUUAUCAAAAUCUUCAGUUAAAAAGAAAAAGCUUUGUAAAAACCUUUGAAACUGGAUUAUAUUGAGAUCAAUACUUCUUACGUCCUCUCUCCUGCAUGAAUAAAAAGUCAGUUUAGAGUUUUGUGAAAACUGAAAUCAGACUUUUGACCUGUUCUGAGUUGAGCUCUGUGUUUCGUGUGACUGUUUCCCAGUGUGACCCAGUCUCCGGCUGCUGGUCACACGUCUAAUUCCAGUUUAUUGCAUUUAAUUCAGCCUUUGGACUUAAUGCUGCUCAGAACUCUGUGUCUCCCUGGAGGUUUGACUCGAAGCUGAGCCGAAGCCGUCUCUGCAGGAAGUCGUAAGACGUUAAUGAUAAGAGUCGAGUGAAGACGGAGUCGAGGACACAUUUCAAUAUUUAAUCACACUAGUAAGUUUGGUUUUUAUUUGUUAGUUGAUUAUAUAAACUUGGCUAGAAUGACAUCAUCAGUGUAAAAUGGCAGCAACCGUAUUUGCAACAUUUUGGCUUCACUUUUGUAGGAAGUGGAAAUUUAUCAAAUUAAAACAAUAACACGGUGCUUCAGUGUUGUGUUAGCAUCUUUACUAGUGCCGCCCCCAAGUGACCAAAUAAUGUCAUUGCAAGUUU